CUAAUGUUUUUUAAUUGAACAAGUCCUUCAACGUUGCAAAAAUCUUGGAUUUUCUUCUCAUAGAUUCUUCAUAUGGGCACAGAAAUUACCCGGUUUUAAUCAUAGUAAAGAAAGCUAUCACAUUCCCAGUUCAUAUAUUAGGAAGUAGCAAACAGUUUCCCUUGUUAUGGGAUUUUCUUGUUGAGAUAAAAAGAAACAAAUCUUGCGAAUUUAGUCGAGAUAUUUUUUGGGUUGUUUUUAGAUGUUAUAGUAGAGCUCAUUUGCCUGUUGAUGCAAUUAGGAGUUUUGAUAAAAUGGUUUAUUUUGGAAUUACAUCUAGUGUAGUUGAUGUUGAUCAACUUUUGCUUGCAUUGUGUAAAAGAAAACAUAUGAAAGAAGCGAAACAACUUUUCGAUAGAGUUAAGGAUGAAUGCGCGUUGAGUGUGAAAUCGUAUAGCAUUAUGCUUAGGGGAUGGGGAGAUUUAGGGGAAGUAGUUGAGGCGCGUAAACUGUUCGAUGAAAUGCUUGAGAGAGGUUUUUUGGUCGAUGUGUUAGCUUGUAACAGCAUUUUGGAGUCAUUUUGCAAGGCAGGAAAAAUGGAUGAGGCCUAUGAGUUGUUUGUAAAAAUGAGGUCUAUGGGGCCUAAACCAGAUGCUUUUACCUAUUCAAUAUUUAUUCAUGCUUAUUGUGUGAAGGAUGAUAUUCAUUCGGCUUUCAGGGUCCUUGAUCGGAUGAAAAGGUACAAACUUGUGCCUAAUGUUUUUACGUACAACUGUAUUAUUAAGAAGCUUUUUAAGAGUGAUAAAGCUGACGAGGCUUACCAAUUGAUAGAUGAGAUGAUUGACAGAGCUGUAACACCUGAUUGUUGGAGUUAUAAUAAAGAUUCAAUUUGUGUAUCUUAUCAUUGUCGUACGACACUUGCAUUUACAUCAAACCUGGAAAAUGAUAUUUAAAAAAAAGCUGUGUUUUUAAAGAAAUGGGACUUAAAGAGAAAGAUGUUUCUGGAAAAAUGUUUUAUCUUGGAUAAUCAUUUUCUGAUCAUCUUCCAGAAAAUACACAGCUUAUUUUCUCCUUCUUUUUUCUUUCUAGUUUUUUCCUUUUUCAAUGUGUAUUACCUUGUAAAAUUGCAUUCAUCCUCUUGCCUCAUUUUCUCUGUUUAUUCUCUUAUAUCCAUAAUUUGAUUCAUUUCAGGCCUUAUUCGUGAAUAUAUACUGAUAAACAUCAUGUAAACAGUGCGUGUCUUAUUAGCCUUUAUUCAGUUUUUGAAAAGAAAUUCGAGUGUCUCAGAUUUUUGCUUAGGCAUGUCCACAAGUUCCUGCUGCAUGUUUUGGUUUUUUUGCUUAUUGAAGGUCUGUUUGGCCUAAUAUCUUGUGGGGCGCUAAGUCGUUAUCUUGUUUUGAUCUUUUGGUUUACAUGUUUGUUUUGUUAUGCCAUACUUUUAUAAGCAUAUUGAGUUUUUUCUUACCACACUCAUCACAUGACCCUUCUAAAUAAAAUUGUCAUAAUUAGCCUUAAAUGUAAGGAAGAGAAGACAUUGAAUUUACUUCAAUAUGAACUUGGUGAUAAUUAUAUUUGAUUGUCUGGUGUUUGCUCUUUGAUGCAUUUACAUCUUUUGUGGUUUUGAGGGAAAAUGUUGUAUUAUCACAUAUGACUUUACAUGCAUAGAAUCUACUCUUUUUUGUUUGUCAAUUGAAAUAUCUAAGUUUUUAUAUUCCGAGAAGUAGUCCCUUCAUCUUUCCCUAAUUUAACAUCAACUGCUCUUCCCUCAUUCAUGCAAUUGU